UUUUUGCAUUGCUCGCAACUCAACACCUCGAUCGGAUCCAGGCAUGGAAGGAUCUCUAACCAUGAAGGAUUCAGCCAUGGACACGGUCAUCCUACUCCCAUGGAAGGAUCUCCAACCAGCAGCUACCUCGGUCUCGGAUCCAUGCGCACGCACCGACCCUGCCAUGACCUAUGAUGAUAUCCCAGUACUCUCUUCCCUUGACAAUGGCAGCGUCACUGCCGCUGAUGCUGGUUUACAGCCCAUGGAUGAGGAGCUGCCUAUUGUUGUUAAUCAAAACUCUGCCGCAAUUAAUGAUUCCCAUGAUGUAGAGAGCAAGGUCGAUUAUGUUCCUCUCAGAAUUGUAAGGCCAGAGAUCACGGAGGGUGAGGGGAAAAAGCGUCCCGACAUUCGUUUUAAACCCACGGCUCGAAAAACUACCACUUUCAAAAAAAAGAAAGGAUUCCCGGCAUGUUUCAAGGUUGCCAAGAGUGACAAGGAUGAUACUUCUGUGCCGACGAGGAAGAGAGGGGGGCCAGCGGGUUCCAAACCUGCUAAGAGAAAGAUGGAGCAGAAAAUGGCACCGAAACCAGCAUUGGUUGACGACAUUCAUAACUCGGAUUUGACAGGCGAUACAGAGACAAAGAGGAAGAAAGGUGGGCCAGCGGGUUCCAAACCUGCUAAGAGAAGGAUGGAGCAGAAAAUGGCACAGAAACCGGCAAUUGUUGACGACAUUCAGCACUCCGAUUUGACAAAGGUGAAAUUGCCAGGAGAAUAUCACAGCUUCACCAAGCGUAUGUUAAAAUCUCAUGUAGUUCAAGGCUUUUAUCUGGGUCUCCCGGGUAGCUUUUGCACAGAGCAUCUUCCAAAGGAGAAUAAUACAAUCACAUUAGAAGAUGAGCAUGGGGAGAGCUAUGAUACAAAUUACCUACACGACAGGAAGGCGCUGAGCGGUGGGUGGGGAGAAUUUGCGCGUAAGCAUAGUAUUAGGGUCGGCGACGAUGUGGUCUUUCGACUCGACGGAACCAAAAAAUUCAAGGAUCACUACCUUAAUUACUUUAGCGGUCUAAUUUCUGGGAGGGAUAUAUUGUUUUCAGGUGCAUAUACUAAGAAAUGGACCGCCAGGUUUGGACACAUCCAAGAAGAAUGA